AUGGGUGCCACUAGCUUCACACAAGAAUUCACGUGCCCAAUUGCCCCAUCACGCAUGUUCAGAGCCUUAAUCUUAGACUCAAACAAUUUGAUCCCGAAACUCUUGCCCCAGUUCAUAAAAAGUGUUGAUUUAAUCCAUGGAGACGGAGGAGCUGGAAGCAUAGAGCAAGUCAAGUUCGCAGAAGGUACUGAUACCAAAUAUGUGAAGCAUCGAAUUGAUGAGCUAGACAAAGACAAUCUUGUUUGCAAGUACACUAUGAUUGAAGGGGAUCCACUUGGGGACAAGCUUGAAUCUAUUGCUUAUGAGGUCAGGUUUGAGGUAGGGAGUGAUGGAGAUUGCAAUUGCAAGAUGACAAGCGACUAUAAUGCUGUUGGAGAUUUUACUAUCAAAGAGGAAGAAAUUAAAGCUGGUAGGGACAAAACUAGGGGAAUAUACAAAGUUGUGGAAGCCUACCUCUUGGAGAACCCUCACGUCUAUGCUUAG